AUGCCAGGCCCACCAAGAGGGCGCCGCCACACCGACCCACCCCCCUUCAUCCCAGACCUAGACCAGAUAUACCGCACCAAUGCCCCAGGAGACUCGGCCCAGGAUUUCCCUGGUCCCGCCCCUAAGAAAUACUACUACGACGGUAGCUCCUCGCCGGAUAAGAACAAAGAAAAAGAGAAAGAGACUCGCAGGUUCAGGACCUUCUCCAGGAGAAAACGCGCUAUGGACGCCGAAAUCGAGGCUGAGCAGCAGUCGAUGGAGAGGGCUACAGCGAAGAUAGCAGCUGAUUAUCCUGUGGUGGCCGAGCUGGUUACGAGUUCCACUGUAUCAGACAAAUACACCAUCCACAACCUCGCCCACCUCCUCUCCAACCUGUACAACCGCCCCCAAUCCGCCAUCACCAUCUCCCAAUUCUACACACAUAACCUCCUCCACGACCACACCCGCGACCCCUCCUACAUCCUCACCAUCACCAUCCCCCCCGCCCUCUCUGAAGGCUACGUCAACGACGUCAACGCCGUCGCCCUCGCGCAGUUCCUCGACGAGGCCCUCGCUGUGCCGCCGCGCCGCGGCACGAUCAAGUUCAUGCCGAUACACCUCGGGUGUCUUGCGGUCGGGGGACGCACGCUGCUAGGCCUGUUCGUAGAGCAGAUCCAGGCGGAUCGCGCGGCGAGGGAUAUGCUGGGGGUGGGGGUGGCGGAGGAGAGGGGGAGGAGGAGGAGAAGGAGUAUUUCGUCGUUGAGGGGGUUGGGGUUGGGGAGGUCGAGAUCGAGGCCUAUCGAGCCGAUUUUUGAGACGGCGCAGGAUGAGGGUGAGCAGGCGGAUGAUGAGGGGAAGGAUGAGGAUAGUGGGGAGGCGGAUGAUGGGAGUGGAAGUGGGAGUGGGAAGACGGGGAAGGGGAAGAGGUCGUUGAGGUCGAUCUUUGGGCGGGGGUGGUUCUUCGUGAUGUUAUAG